AUGGCAGAAAAAAGUGAGAGUGAAGUGGUAGACGUAGAGAACAAACCAUUACGAGUAUUGACUUAUAAUAUGUACCUUCGUCCAAUGUUGAUAUCUGCAAAUGGUCACGACCAUAAAAACAGUCGCCUCAAAGAAUUUUGUCGUGACCAAUUAGCCACGUUUGAUGUGAUUUGUUUCCAAGAGGUCUUUAAAGAGCUUAAUUGGCGGCGGGAGAAGUUAUUAAAGAAAGCAAAGAAAGCUGGAUUCAAGUGGCGAGUACAAACAGAGAAACCACUGUUCCCCAUCUUCAUAUGUGAUGCUGGUCUUAUAAUAAUCAGCAAGUACCCAAUAGUAUACAACAAAUUCAAAUUGUAUAAGCGGAGUAUCUACGCGGAUGCUGUCGCAUCAAAGGGAGCACUCUACGCCAAAAUCGAGGUCCGGCCAAACCAAUUUUUACACAUAUUUAAUACACACACCCAAGCAGACUACACACUUGACUACAAUGAAGCAAAGCCAUCAAGAGACAUGAGACUCUCCCAGAUAAAACAGUACGCAGAGUUUGUAAAGAAAAUGAUUAAAGACGACCAAUACCCCGUUUUGUUGUGUGGCGACUUUAAUGUGAACGGAAGAGCAGGAACUGAUGGAACAACAGAGAGUACGGAAUAUGCAGAUUUAUUGAAGAAUUUAAUAUUUCCGGAUGAGGAACUCAUCGACUUGUUACUAAGGGAUAACAAUGGAGUUCAACCAGUUACUUUCGGAGACUCAUUCAUCGACCCGUCCGGAGUAGAAACCCCUUGUGACUCGGAAAUAACAUAUCAAGUGAGUUGUAUGGAUAAAUCGAGGCUCGACUACAUUUUCCACUUAAAAAGGAAGCAAGAAAAUCCACAGAUGAAGUGCUCAAAUUGUCGAGUUGAUAAAUUCCAAGUCAAAGGAAAGAAAUUUCCAUUCAUGAGUGAUCACUAUGGUGUGACCUGUGAUGUUUUCAUUUAA